GUCACUCGGUGGGAGGAACGAGGCUCUCCUGAUCAGGGAGUUCCUAUAAUUCCCCAUAGACUCUUCAGGCAAAUCCCAGAUUAACCUGACACGGUGGGAAGAGGAUUAGAAGGGUGGUUACAGAAAGCAACAGAGGACACGGGGGCUUCAGUGAGUGUGUGCUAGGAGGGGACACUCCUCUCACAAUCCAAGGGCAGGGGAAGAAGGCUCUGCCCCAGCACAGAAAGGAAAAGGUCAGCAGGAGCCCUGGAAGACAAUGUGUAUGGCCAGAUAGUCAAGAGACACCUAAGGAAGACAUGGAGCUGUAGAAGGGCCAGAGUGUGCUGGGUGCGUGUGAUCUGUGAGCAGCCAUGGAGGAAACAUACCUGCUGAAUGUGGAAGGGGUCAAAAAGAAGAUUCUGCACGGAGGCCGAGGGGAGCUGCCGAAGUUGCAGGAUGGGAGCAAGUUCACCUUCCACUUCCAGACGCUGAAGGAUGACUUUGAGCGGACGGUGAUCGACGACAGCCGGGAAGCUGGCAUGCCCAUGGAGAUCAUCAUGGGCAAGAUGUUCAAGCUGGAGAUCUGGGAGACGCUGCUCAGCUCCAUGAGGAUUGGGGAGGUGGCUGAGUUCUGGUGCGAUACCAUUCACACAGGCAUGUAUGCCCUGGUCUCCAGGGGCAUGCGGAGGAUUGCAGAGGGACGGGACCCCCUGGAAGGGCAGAAGCACCGCUGUGGCAUGGGCAACAUGUUUGACUACCACAGCACGGGCUACGAUGACCUGGACGAGCUGCAGCGGACGCCACAGCCUCUCAUCUUCAUCAUGGAGCUGUUCCAACGUGACACCUGGGCCAUGAGCAAGGAGGAGAAGCUGGCAGCAGUGCCUGUACUGCACAGCGAGGGCAACCGCCUCGUCCUGCGCAGGGAGUUCGCACAGGCGGCAGCCAAGUACCAGGAGGCUGUCAUCUGCCUCAGGAACCUCCAGGCCAAGGAGAAGCCGUGGGAGGAUGACUGGCUGAAGCUGGAGAGCCUGGUCACGCCGCUGGUGCUCAACUACUGCCAGUGCCAGCUGGAGCUCGGCGAGUACUACGAGGUGCUGGAGCACACCACGGAGCUUCUCCAGAAGCACAAUGGUACCUGUGCCCUGCAUCUCCCUCUCCUGCUGUGCCCACGGCUCCCAGGGACUCCAUCCUCUGAAUCCCCCAUCCAUGACAAUGCUCAUCCUGUGUCCCCCUGCCUGUGAUAGCACCUGUGUCAUCUGGAUCCCUGUGUCCCAGUUUGCCCUGCCCAUGAUAGUGCUCAUGUCACUGGUUUCCCCUGCCCACAAUGUCCCCCCAACCACCACACCAUCCUUCCCCUUUCCACGAUGAUCCCUGCACUCCCUGUGCCCUGCUGCCCGUGACCACCCCACACCCCACAACAGCUUCACGUCCCCUGGUCCCCAGGGUCUCCAGCCCCUGUGGCUGGUGGCCCUGAGCUGCAGGACCCCCAGUGAGGGCUCUGUCUCCUGGCAGACAAUGCCAAGGCCUAUUUCAAGCGGGCAAAGGCCCACGCUGCUGUCUGGAACGAGAGGGAGGCACGGGAGGACUUCCAGC